UUUGAUGUCGUGCGAAUGUUUAAAAAAACCAAGUAUCACCUUUUUUUCGGCAGAAACGAUCAAUGUCUGUGGCAGAUCUCUGCUGGAAACUCCGGAAAAACCGUUGUUUUGACUGUUGAGUUCUACGAUAUAGAGGAAGAUGGUGGCUGCGAAGACUACUUACGUAUUGAAGGUUCAACAACUAAAGCCACAAAAAUUUGUGGAGAAGACUUUUCCCAUCCACUCAUGACCUUUAGAGAUACCAAUUUCAACGUUAGCUUCACUUCUCCUGAUGAUACACUUCGUCGUGGAUUUGUAUUUAGCAUUGUUCUAGAAAAACCAUGUCAUACAAAUACUUCAACGAUGCUUGAAGCCGACGUUAAUGUGCAAAGUAUCUCCUCGGAAGGUUAUCCCAACCAUUACACAUGGAACCGACAGUCUGGGAACUACAAAUGUGAAUGGCACAUUGAGGCUAGGGAUGGUUCUGCUGGGAUUCUGCUCGAUUUACACAUGGAUGGACUAAGUAUUGGCACCCAACUUAACAUAUACGAUGGAUGCGAUAAUACUGGAACGAAGCUUUAUCCAACAAUGAAUGCGACACAGGUUACUGGAGCGGAGCGGACGCAGGUAGCCACAGGAAACUCCACGUUCAUUGAGUUUAUUGUGGAAUCAGUAGGAGGCCAAGGAUUUCGGAUAAACUAUCUCUCAGUUCCUGCCAGCGAUAACAGUCAGUCAUGUUCUGGUGCCUCUGACUUCACAUUAAACGCAACAGAUCACUUACAGUUCAUUACAAGCACCAACUUUCCGAAACUGUAUGAUGGAGACUUAACAUGCAAAUGGAAUCUCAUCGACGGCUUCUCCGGCAGGGGUGUGUUCUUAAAGCUCCAUCUCUACCAUAUCGAGUGCACCAAUGACAAACUGGUCAUAACAGAUGCUGAUGGGAUAACAACAAAAUGUAGCGACGAGCUCAUAACAUCCCCGGAGAAUUUUACAAGUGGUAGUUUUGUUUUGGAUUUUCUUUCAAACGCUAAUGUACAAGAGCAUGGUUUUGUGUUAAGUUAUAUACUAGGUCCACCCUGCAACGGAAGCGAGGUCCGGCUUGCUGGAAAUGAAAAUAUUAAAGAAUUCACUUCCCCACUUUAUCCCGAAAACUAUCCAAGCGCCAUCCCUAUCGGAUCCUAUGUGUGUAACUGGCUCAUUGAAUCGUCUGACAAUGUGGCCAAUCUACUGCUAGCCAUUGAAAUAAAAAAUUUGACAGCUGGGGAUACGUUGGAGAUAUUCCAAGGUAAUGUUUUGGGAACUAGACUUUAUCCAGCAAACGGAGCCGAUUUGACUUUCGCUCCUAAAUUCGAAGUUUCCCCAGGGAAGUCAGCAGUGCUAAAGUUCUCAGUGACAAGUUCCGCAAAUAGCGGAUUUAUCGUGAAAUACAUGGCGCAGAGACCAGUCGACACGACACCCGCCUGCAGCGUGUCAAAUCGUCAGCUAACUGCUACUUCCAGCCCAGCCUACCUCACAAGUCCAAACUUUCCAGAUGACUAUCUAAAUAAUCAGCAGUGUACAUGGAGUAUAGACGAUGGAGGUAGUUACAGGGGAGUCAUUCUUCAGCUUCUCCUAUACCAGAUCCAAAAUGCAACAAAUUGUGAAGAAGACGAACUUGUAAUACGAAAAGGAUCAACAAAAGAGGAAGUAAAGCGGUGCUCGGACACGUUGGUAACAGCAACAGAGAAUUAUACUGAUAGCAGUUUUGAAAUAUAUUUCAAGACUGAUCAAACAAUCGCAAAGACUGGAUUUCAGUUACGGUACAUCAUUGAUGCUCCCUGUAAUGAUUCGGUAAUUGAACUCAACUCCAUCUCGGCGCUGAAGAAGUUGAUAUCCCCCGAAUACCCAAAAUACCCAGGAGCAUUGUACUCGGGCCCGUAUACAUGUUACUUCGUGAUAGCGCCCCAAUAUGGUGCAGACGGGAAUCUAAUGUCCUUUAACCUAUCUGGUAUUGACGCGGCUGACAGCAUAGUAAUAUAUGAUGGAAGGAACAACUCCGGAACUGUCAUUUACCCACCCAAUCGGAGGAAACGUUCGACCGGUAUCUCCAACCAAGUGUUCGUGAGCAAUUCUGCAUCCAGUGCUUUCAUACAGUUUACAGUGAGCAGCCCGACGGGCUCGACGGGAUUUGUUGUUGACUAUAUAUCACAUCCUGUCACAAACAAUACCGGCUCGUGCAACAUUUCUGUAUCUCAACUGGUCGCCACGUCUACGAUACAGUAUAUCACAAGUGCUAACUUCCCCGCCCUCUAUCCCAGAGAUCAAAACUGCAAUUGGCAUAUAUCGAAUGGUAACUCUGGAAUUGAUGUUUUGUUUACGCUCAUCACCUUCCAGAUUCAGGAAAACGGAUCUGCUUGUGACGGAGAUAAGCUCAACGUUCAGCAAGGUCCAAGUAGGUCUCCUAAUGUGAGAUGUAGCGACUCGUUGGUACUUUCACCUGAAGUUUUCAAAAGUAGCAGCUUCGACAUAGAGUUCACAUCCGACAGCACAACGACAGCGAACGAACACGGAUUCCUCUUCAGUUAUAUUUUGAACAUCCCUUGCCAAGGAGGACCCUCAGUGCUUUCAGCCGAUGUAAAUUUGGGGAAUUUCAGUUCUCCAGAAUACCCUAGUAACUAUCCAAGUACUGCCUUCAUCGGAAAUUAUACAUGUAACUGGUUGAUACGAGCAAAGGAACCUGGUGCUGGUAUUCUUCUGAUAGUAAACAUGGAAGGACUCAACGCAGGAGAUACACUGCUCAUAUAUUCCGGAACCAACGCUAGCGGUACACGACGUUAUCCAACCACUGUCGACCUGCAAUCCAACACCAGUGCCUCCGUAUUACAUUUUGCGCCAGGAAGUUUAGCUUUCGUAUCAUUUACAGCAACUACUACUGCGAACAAGGGGUUUUAUAUCACGUAUAUGGCAAUUAAACCCAGCAAUACAGCUGUUUCCUGUGCUGACAAUGCUGUUCUGCCGCUGAUCGCUACAACAACCGUCCAGUAUAUCACUACUCCAAACUUUCCGGAGAUGUACACAUCUGGACUCUCAUGUCGGUGGACAAUAUCAAGAGGAAACGUGAAUGCGGAUGUAAUCCUUACAGUUAUAAUUCUGCAUACAGAGGCCGAUGUGUGUACGAAUGACACUCUCGUUAUCAAGGGAGAAGGUGCCAGUGCGAUUAAUUUAUGCAGUGACCAGGUUUCCACCACGGAAAUAGAGUAUCGUUACAGGAGCUACGGUAUUGAAUUCGAUACAAAUAUUGACGAUAACAACAGAGGAUUUGUAAUCAGCUACUUGCUUGGCCCUGAACAACCAAGAUAUACCAGGAGUGAGAAGAUAGGAAUAGCAAUAGCAGCUUCUGUUGGUCCAGCAGUACUCUUCUUGGUACUCGCCAUCGUGAUUAUAGCCGUGUGCUUCAGAAGAAAACUUGAUAACCGUAAACGAAGACCUCGACAACGAAGAAAUGUAUAUGAAAAUGGUGGUUUUAUGAACGGUCAUUUGUCUGGAGCAAAUGGUCACUCGAGUUUCAAUAAGCAGGAUUUACACAUGGUCAAAACAGAACAAGAAACUUCUCCGACUUGGGUGAAGAUGUUUCGAUCCCCUUCGUCCAGCCCGUACACUCGCUAUGAACGCCCACAUAGUAAGUAAAGCUGCAAUGUGACGGCCAAUCACCGACCAAGUUUCCUUUAAAUCGACGGGGCUCUAAGUCAGCACCAUUUCCUUCAAACGAGAAAUCUAUAUUGAUAGGAAUGGUGUAAGUAAUCAGGCAAGUAACUACAACAGUAUAGUGAUACAUAAAAACGUUCAGCAAAGCAGCAUUUUGUUCUGCUUAAGGACUUGUUAAAUAAAGUGACGCACGACUUACAGAAAAGGGUCUAAAUGAAUCACCUUUUUGCAUGCAUAUGACUUAUCAAAAUGCCUCUUAUAUCCCGUAUUGCUUAAACACAUGCUAUCACCUGGAGGAAAAUGAUGAAAUCGGUAUAGUUUUCAUGCAUAUACAACAAGCAUAUAUCAAAUGAAGUUAAAUACAAUACAUUAUACAAUCAUAUAAUGAUAUCCUUUUUAUAUCAUAAAAUAGUAUGUCAUAUUUCGUAGGUUUGUUGAUAAAAUUAUGCAGUUUAUGUUAAGAUUUGUGAAUAUGAUGGACAUGUUAAAAAUAUGCAGAUUCCCAUUUACUUUUUGAGAAAUUAUUUCU